UCCCUAUUACACGUGUAUGAAAUUACACGUGUAGUUCGUGUAGUUUUGAUAUACGUGUAUUAGUUCGUGUAACUAAAAUUAUACGUGUAUUAUUAUUUAUUACACGUGUACAAGUUCGUGUUAUUUAAGUACACGUGUAAAUAAUAAAUAUGUCAUAAAUAAAGGUUUAUAUAUUUUUAUAAGAAUACAAUUAAAAAUACAAAAUUACAGAUAAAAAGACCUUUUCGGCGGAGUCUAUAAACGUCCGAGUUUUUAGGUAUCGAAUAAUAUAUAAAAUAUGUACCUUUAUAAAGUUAUAAAUAAUAUUUUUACCAACAUUUAUGUAGUAUAUAAGAUAUAACACAUUAUAUACUACAUAUACUCGUAUAUUAUAUUCAAGUGCAUUAUUGACUACACGCUUAUCGAGUUUUCGAUAAGAUAAAGUUAAAUCGAUACCACGUGCCGCGUUCAAAUUAAAUUAAAUUGUAUUGCUUUUUCGGAUUAUACAAAUUUAUUUUACUUGUUGUUCGUUUGCACGAUCCACGGAUACAUGUCUGUUAUAUUGUACAUUGGUAAAAUACUAAAAUGUCAAUGCGUGUAAAAAGUUGGGUUUGGCAGUAUGCAAAACGUAUUGAAAAUAAAGCGUACUGCAAUUUAUGCGAUGAAGAUGAUAACAACGAGUUUUCUUGUCCCGGAGGUACCACUGGCUCAUUGGGAAGACAUUUAACUACUAUUCACGGCUUAAUGGUUAAUGCUGUGGUUAAUAAAGAACAACUAAGGACACACGAUGAACAGCAACCGGAAAACGACAGUGACGAAGUUAUGGAUAUUGAUGAGACAAAUAAAGAAAUAAACCUUGAAAAAAAUGGAAGAUCAAGAAAGAGAAAGAGACGAACAAAUAUACAUUAUCAAAACACAAACAAUGGCAAUAAUGCACGUUCUUGUUCGAAAGACAGGUGUGAAUUAAUUAACAAAGCAUUAGCUAAAAUGAUAGCUGUAAAUCAGUUGCCAUUGUCAUUUUGCUCAAGUAAUGGUUUUCAUGAUUUCAUGUCUGUAGUAGAACCAAACUAUAAGCCAUGCAAAGAAGAAGCAAUUAAAACUAGAUUAAAAAUAUUAUCUUCAAAUAUUGAAGAACUUAUUAAAAACGACUUGCAAGAUGCUUCUAGUAUAUGUUGCACAACCGACUGUUGGACCUCGAUUUCACAGGAAUCGUAUAUUACAGUGACCGCUCACNUUAAAUCAUUUGCUAUUGACAUUAUCCUAUUCAUAGGAGAAGCAGACAUAUAA